UUGCGUGCAUUUGCGGGCUUCUUUCACGCUGGGAAAAAAACUUUUAUGUAGCACGUAUUGAGCAACAGAAAGCUAUAUCGGGAGUUUUUCUUUUCUUUUUCGUUGCUCUACAAUUUUCUCAUUGAAACUUUUCAUCUAACUAUAAUAUUUGAGAAGUUGAUUAGUUAAGACUAAUUAUCUAAUUAGGCGGAAUGCCAACAAUUAUCUAUCUGCAAGCGACGACAAACCACAUUGCCUUGGUUCUGUCCAGGUACGUGGCAUUGGCAUAUUCUUAAACUCUGGCUAAAGUUAGCUGCAGGACACCCUCUAUAUAUGUUAUCUGAUUUCUAUUGUAUCAAUAAUUAUAGACGCCAAUCGCUCAUAGUGGGUAUGGGCCAUUAUUUGAAAGGAUAACAGCAACCGCAGGCCCAAGGUCGGCACCCACGGAGUAUCAAGGUACCUGACGUUCCCAAGUUAUCCCUCCCAACGCCAGACCGUGGAAGGAAGAUGCAUACGUUGGCGACGGGCGAAGGGUUCUUGAGCCCCGAGAUGUACGGGGCGCGGGUCAUAGUGUCUCCCAGCAGCCAGUCGGCGGGCGGCGGCCGCAAGCUCGUCUACUUCAUCGAGGAAGCCCCGAGGCCACCGCCGGGGGCCCUGGUUCCCCGCGUGGCGCUCUUCCUCAUACUCGUCCUCUGGUUCGGCACCAUCUUCGGGUCGGUGGCCACGUUCUGGCUCUACCUGUACCCCAAGGACAAGAAGCGCCACGUCGCGAGCGCCGUGACGUCCACGGCCAAGGCCCUGUCGACGUUGGCGAGCACUGCCGCUAGCGGGCGCCUCUGACCUCCCGCAAUAAGCGCUGCUUCGCAGCUCCCCUUGGCGGUCUGAAUAAAACUUUCGC